AUGGCUCCCCAACCCUCCUUUCAUGACAAGAGUGAGAUAAGGCAAGCAGACUUCACUUGUUCGCUUCGCGCCGAGCUCUUCCGUGGAGACCCCUGUUGCGAGCCUCCGCGAUCCAUAGUCCAACGAGCCGAGGCUUCCACCUACUUCGGAUCUGAAGAAGAAAGGGAAGGUUAUUCCGACUUCUCGAAGGGUCUCUCAUCUGCGCAGGAAGACGGUGAUGCGCCUAGCCGCAAGCGACUUGUUUCGGAUAAGGAUGCGCCAAGCCGCAGUGCAGAGAAGAAGAAGAGACGCGUGGAGAGUUCCAAGACUGCCAAGGACGGCGAGCCGAGCCGUGAGCGUGCUGCCGUUCGCGUUGACACGCACUUCUCUUCGUCAUCGCGGGUUGGCUUCCUAUCAGCGGACACGAUUUCGCAGCCCAAGGCUUAUGGCGAGAUGUCUAGCCAAGGAUCGAGGUUCGUUGAGUUCAUCAACAAGAUGGUGAUCGAGUAUGAGGAGAAGGCUUGCAAGGAUUCCAGCAAACUCGGCGACAAAGAGAAGAAAGUGGCGGACCUCAACGAGAAGCUUCUCGCAGCGACCUCCAAGAGUGAAUCCGAGUUGGAGAACGCCAUCGAGACGCUCGCUCUUAAGCACGAAGCGAAAAUGGACUUGAGUGUGACCAAGGUUGUGAGGUUUGAGAAGGAGAACGCUGCUCUCCAGAAGGACUUGGAGCUGAAGUCCGACCUCCUUUCGGCUGCCGAACGCCGUAAGGGUAAGUUGAAGAUCGACAAAGACAGGUUGGCUCUCAUGGCAGUUGUGGCCGCUAAGGAUAAGGAAGUGGAGCUCUCUCAGAUGGAUGCGAAUCUGGAGCUCAUCGUUCUCCUCAAGGGUGCCGAGCCGCCUUCUCUCGACUCUGAGGUGGACAAGAUCAAUGGUUACAAAGUUGGGUUGGAUGAUGUGUAUGGGAAGCAUGACGGCAUCGUUGCUGGUCUUGUUUCCGAGCUGGGAUUGCUGCCUCUUACUCCCACUCCGUCGCCCAGCGCUUUGAAUGUCGCGACCGAGACAGUCAUUGGUUCGUCUCCCAUUGCUCCGGAGUCUAAGAUUCAGGAGGUUUCUGGUUUGUCGUUUGUCGCUUGCGAGCUUGAGACCGUUGUAGUCGCCGACCCGAAGCCCGCCUUUGAUGCCGAGCCGGUUGAGAAGAUCGCCGUGUCAGUUGGAUUCCUCGAUCAGCACGGCACGGACAUCGAGGCGCGAGACGACGGAGACGCCGAGCUCAAGGCACUUCUGGUCGCGAGCCCGAGUAUUUUUUGUCUCUAUCUUCAGAGUUUGUUUUUGUUUGACUUAGUGCCUGGACGGCUUUAUACACUUUGGCGUUGUUUUGUUUCGUUUUGGACAAAUUGCGUGGAUGGGUUUAUCCGCUUUUGA